GGAUGCGAUAAUUCCGGUCGCUGUUGGCGGCUGCGGUCCGUUGGUAUUGAUAAUUACUGACUUAUGCACCUACCUUUCAUCAGAAGCAUUUUGCAUUGGUUACAGAAGCCGGUGAAGAUGGCUUUUACCGAGACUCCCAUUGUUGUUGUUCUCGGAGCUACUGGAGCUGGCAAGUCAAAGCUGGCCUUGGAAAUCGCACAAGAAUUUGAUGGAGAGAUAAUAAGUGCCUGACUCGAUGCAGGUGUACAAGGGUCUAGACAUAAUUUCGAACAAGGUAACACCUGAAGAGCAGCAGCUGGUUCCUCACCACAUGAUUGAUAUCGUCGAACCAACAACCAACUACUCUGUCGUCAAGUUCAGAGACGCCUGCUUGUCGGCUAUCGAGGACCUGCGCAGUCGACGGAAGCUUCCUGUGAUAGUUGGCGGAACAAAUUACUACAUUGAGUCCGUGCUGUGGAAGGUGCUCAUUGCUGACGGCGAGGAGUCAAAGGACGAUCUCAUCUCCGCCAAGUCCGCCGCAGCCGCCGCCGCUGCCGGCGAGUCGAGCGGCAGGGGGCACCUGGAGAGCCUCACCACGGCCGAGCUGUACCGGAAGCUCGAGCAGUGUGACCCGGUGCAGGCUGGCGUCCUCCACCCCAACGAGCGUCGCAAGAUACUGAGGUCGCUGGAGGUGGUGCUGCGCUCGGGGCUGCCGAUGAGCGAGCACCUGCGCCGCCAGCGGGCGGAGGCGGGCGGCGGCGCGCUCGGCGGCCCGCUGCGCUUCGGUCGCGCCUGCCUGCUCUGGGUCACCGCCGAGCAGGCGACGCUGGACGCGCGUCUGGACGCGCGCGUCGACACCAUGCUGGCGCGUGGCCUGCUCGCCGAGCUGGCCGACUUUCAUCGGCGCCACAACGCACCGCGGCUGCCGGCUGGCCGGGCCGCCGACUACACGCACGGCGUCUUCCAGACCAUCGGUUUCAAAGAGUUCCACGCGUUCCUGACGCUGCCGGAAGCCGAGGCGGACAGCGCCGAGGGGCGCCGGCUCCUGGCCGAAGGCGUGGAGCGGCUCAAGACGGUCACGCGUCGCUACGCGCGCAAGCAGACGCGCUGGGUGCGCCGGCGCUUCCUGAGCGCGGCCGGCCGCCAGGUGCCGCCACUGUACCGGCUGGACGCCACCGAGCCGGCCGAGUGGGCCGAGGGCCGCGAGCCCGAGCAGCGGCCGGAGCCGCCGCUGCCGGCGGCCGACGGUGACCGGCACACCACGCACUACUGCGCCGUCUGCGACGUGUACACGUCCGGCGAGAAGCAGCGCGACGAGCACCUCAGCUCACGCCGUCACAGCCGCGCCCUGCAGGGGCGCCGGAGGAAGCAGCGCCGCGAGGCCCCGCAGCACGGCGCCGCAGCGGCGGAGCGCGGCUCGGCCGUCCGCUAG